AUUAAUUGUACAGCUGUACUGUUGUGGUAGUGACAUAGACAUUUUAUAAACAGAAUUAUGAAAACUGUGUAAUGAAAAUUCAAUUAUAUGAUGCAAAUGUAGGCGUGGUAUGGGUUUAUGUAAAGUUGAAAAUGCGAUUGAUUAAUAUUUUUUUUUGUUUAUAAUGUGCUGUGACAUUGUUAAUUGCGAUGGAGAGACAAUGGGUUUAUAUGGAAAAUGGCCUACACGUGGUUCAAACUGUCAUGGAAGUUCUACAAAAAUAAACAGUGAACUACGUUGUAUUACUGACACGAUUUUUAACAUGUUGUAUUCUACUGACCUUUAUGAACGUUCUCCUCAUGAUGGAACAGCAGCAGCUAGACGUAGCAACAUCCAGCAACGAACAGGUCGUACAACCUUUGGAUGAAUUCACUAGAAUUAGUUAUAUUGGAACGGAACAUGAUAAAUGGAUAGUUAUAAACAUACCCCAGGAGGAGAAUCAGGUCAAAUUCACAAUGUCAAGGGUAAAAGGUUGGAAGAUCGUGAUAAUCGGAAAUGAUUACGCCAAGCCAUUUUACUGCAAAAUUCCUUACUGUAUCUAUCUAUCUCCCUCUGUUAUAACCAAGAUUGAAUUGCCACUACCAGAAGAACUUCUUAUCAAAAGCUACCAUCUUGGUUUUAUUGGGUAUUUAUACGCAAUUCAACAUGGCGCAAAGUAUAUAUUAUCUGUGUCUGCUGACGUUCAUUCGCUGACGGACCUAGAUAUGUUUCAGUUCCGAUCAACAACAAGUGGGCUAGUUUACAACGAACCGGAAAUAUUAAAUCCGGAUAUUUUUGUUGGUGAAACAUUAAAACAGAAUGUACCAUAUGCAAAGAAUCAAACCGGGGAGGGAUAUCCGUACAUUUUUUUUCUGGAGGAUGAAAUAAACCCCGUGCUUCAACUACCUUUAUAUUCGUGCAGCACAUUUAAAUACGAAAAUAAUACAAUGAACUUUUCCACGGAUACGAAACUAAAGAACCACACAAAGCUAGCCCCAAUGUUUUUGAUACCUAGUCGUUUAGUUAGAUUAACGUCAAACGUUGUUUUGUAUAAGCAUGAGAUAUUCUGGUCGCUCUUCAUGAACCUAGUUGAUGAAACAACGAACAGUGUCGUUUAUAAAAUGAUCGUGGAGCAAAUAUUAGAAAAGUUAAAUUUUCGUGUGAUGCUAAUCCCCUUUAAACCAUGUACAAAGGAGUUACACCGAACGUCAUUCAACGUGUCUCUCUCCCCAGCUGUUCCCAAAGAAUAUUUCUUGUGCUCAGAGACAUCCCUGUACCAAUGUCUUUUGCGGAUGGCUAAAAGUAUGCACACCGGAGGACAUAUGAAUGAUGACGAUUUUACAUCCCUAGAAACAUGGCUUUUUGUAUUAGCGUAUGUCGGCUACAAAGAACCAGUUUUUAAAAGAAAGGGCAAGACUGCGGAAGCAACUAACAAUAUUAGAAUCUUAAUGUCUACGCACAUGUAUUCGGACGCUGAUACUGAGUUUCUAGAAAAUUUGUCUCCACUCUUAAUAAAUGCUACUAACGCUCAAAAUGUUUGUCCCGAUUUAAACAUGACGUGGAAAGAACCCAUAAUGGAUGACGUAAUGUUGAUCGUGACGUUUAAUGAGAUAAAGUGGUACAUCAACAUGCCUUAUAUAGAACUCAUGUACAGACGCUACUUCAAGCAUAUUCUUGUUUGUGGUCCAACGCCAAAAGCAUUUGCAGAGGUUUUAUCAAACAAUUCUUACAUAACGACAUUUUUUCAUGUAGACGCACUGAAUAGAGGUUGGGUUGAUAUGUUUGAAUGCACCCAGUAUGCGAUGAUGAUGAACUUCCGGGUUAAAGGUUAUUUACAAAUCGGCGAUGAUACGUUAGUAAAUGUGUGGAACAUGUUCCGAUUACCGCGAGAUCAAAUUAUUUUACCCGAUGUUAUUUCGUGGUACAAUCGGUCCUCGGAAAAACAACAGUGGUACUAUUGGGACAUAGAAAUUGGCCGACCAGCGUUGAAUAAAUUGAUGGCGGCAUUAGAAAACUCCGCUCUAGUUGAAGGGGACAAAAUGGCGAAAGAAUAUUUAGAUAUGUACAAGUAUAACAUGAAGGACACAAAUGUAGCAUUUUACCGAGGCGGCGAUUUUUUCUAUAUCCCCGAAAAACUUAGAGAUGCUUAUAUCUAUAUCAGUAAAGCUUGUUUGCGACAUCAGCUUAUGGAUGAGGUAGCCAUUCCUACAUUUACAAUGGGAUUAGCCGAAUCGAAAGACAUUUUUAGAGUCAGAGAUGGCAGCUUAUGGCGACAAGAGUCACGUGACCAAUACGCUUUGUUUUUCGACAUCAACACACUUUUUAUCCAUCCUUUUAAAUUAGGAAAAUUCUUUGCAAACAAAACUGAUAGCAAUAACUUUUUUUGUGAUCCAUUCAUGAAGUUUAGCUUAUUAAAAAUUAAGUCUUUGGCAACCGAUCGGUUAAAACCGUUAAUUAAUACAGGCAUUGUGUGGAAUAAUAUGGUCGGUGGACCAGUCCGACCAGGGGAGAAACACACUUUUAUUACCGCGUGAGCAUAAACCUGUUAUUGACGCCAAUAGCACAGAAAUUUAACACGCGACUGGUUGUUGGUGACUACUGUGUUUGGUGUCGUGAUCCUAACAGACCCCACAAGAGAGAUCGGGAACCCUGGUGGUAUAAUCAAAAUUAAACCGGAUUUUUUGUUUCUCUGCUUUUUCAUUUCAUUUUUGUUUUUGACUUUGGAACUGCAAUGAGUGCAGGAGAAGCCCAACUACACAUAAAGAAAGAAACAGAGACUUAAUAUAUGAUAAAAGAGUAUUAGAACACUUAUAUGGAUAUACCACUUCUGGAGUUUAUUAACAUGCUACGUUUCAAUACACGUACACGUAUCGUUAUAUGUCUUAUAACGAUUAUGAUAAAAGUACUAUCAAAUCAAACAAACGUAUCCGGGGGAUCUGCUCAGUCCCGGACAUGCAUUAAUACAGGUGAUCCUCGAUUGUCAGGCCGGAACAUUCCGAAUUGACGGGAUUACAAUCGUGUGAGGCAGAAUUCAACCAUGUCACAGUUCUGUCAGUCUCGACAACUGACAACUUUUGGUCUUCGAAGGAAUUAUUAGUGAGCAGAAAUUCGCCCGUGUAUAUAUUAUCACUCGUCGCUUCAGUCAGUUAUAAAGAAGGAUAACUCGUGUUUUCCUUUUGCGUUCGUCACUUCCCUUUCUUGAAACCUUCAUGACGCAUCUUUCGUAGCAAUGAUCUCUGAUUGAAAAUUAUAUUUGGAACGUGUUUAACCAGUUCUAUCACAUAAUGACUGACACCAAUAUUGUCCUUUAAACACAACGAAUACGUUUCAGUUGUCGGCGCAUGCGUUAUAACCCCAAAUUCCCAUUUUCACUCGAUUGUCACUAUUUUUGGGUUUGACAGAAUUCAAUUAUUUUGAAUCAUUUGAAAGAGGUAUAGCUUUAGUCUACUAAAGGCUAAGAAUUGAGAUGAAUACAAACCUUUUCCUUGAAGUUCACAAAUAUAUCAAACUUUCAAAACGAUUUAAAUAAAAGUUAUUGUUAGUAGUUACAUCUUAGAAUAAAUUAUUAGCUUUAGCUUUUUUGGUGGAUAACAUUUUUUUUUUUUUUUUUUUUUCCCCCGCACCCCCCCCCCCCCCAUUUUUUUUAUUAUUAUUUUUUUUUUAUCAUUUUAUACAUGCAUCAGUUCAUUUAUAUCCCAUUUAUUAAACAUUAUUUUUCAAUGUUUUAAAUAUAAUUUUAUAUUCUCUUUAUCACCUCUUCACUUAUUUUAUAUAGAGCUUUGAGAUAUAAUUCAUCUGACUUUACUUAUAUUACUUAUAAAUUAUUUAUUAUUGUAUAUACUAUUUUGCAAUCUUGUUUGUAUUAAAUAAUGUCUAUCAUUUCUAUGUAUGGAAAGGGCUUUUCUAAGUUUUUGAAACUUGUGCUCAAUCCUUUUGAUAUUUGUCAUUAAAAUAUGUUUAAACCAAUCGCUGUUUUAGGCGUGUAUCUGCUAAAGCUAAUAGCUGUGUUUUAUAUAGAUGUAUAUAUUAGUACUUUGUAUGUAAUCAUUCAUGAAUAAAGGUUAACAAUUGUUA